UCUCCAUGGACCGGCUCCGGGCCCUGAACAGCACCUUGGUGGAGCUGCAGGAGGGACAGCAGCAGCUGGUGCUGGCUCUUGAGAAGCACCGAGACCGCCUGCUCACCCUGCUGCAGCAGCCUGGGUGCAGGAAGGACUGCACAGACACCCAGGACCGGGCCCGAGCCCUGGAGCUGGCCGCUGACUUCACCCAGGUGCCCCCUGUGGACAAUGUCUUGCAUCGCCUGAAGGGUGUCCCCRAGGCCAACUUCUCCAACAUGGUCCAGGAGGAGAACACUACCUUCAACAGCCUCCCGUUCCUGGUGGCCAUGCAGAUGGAGCUGGUGAUCAAAGAUCUGAAGGAGGCGGUGGCCCAGAAGCCAGAAGGCAUGGGGACACUGGCUGAAGCGUUCCCCGAAUUGGAAGCAGCUCCCCGCUGGAGCCGGGCCCUGGAGGAGUUGGAAGAAAACAGCCGUCCCUACCUGCAGGAGGCGCAGAGAUACGAGACCUACAGGUGGRCAGUGGGCUGCGUGCUGUGCUCUGCGGUCCUGCUCGUGGUGGCCUGUAACCUGCUGGGCCUCAGCCUGGGCAUCUGGGGACUGUCUGCCAGAGAGGACCCCAGCCAAUCGGAAGCCAAGGGCGAGGCCGGAGCCCGCUUCCUCAUGGU